CCGCCGCAAAAAGUUGGCAAACAAAAGAUGAGACGGACGUUGCUUCACAAAACCAAAGCAAUGUCAUCAUGUCUUCUUCCAAACCAGACAUUUCUCUUUCUUAAACCCUCCAAUUCCAUCAACCCCUCCCACCAUCUUCGUCUUAAACCUUCCAUUUUCUCUCUCCUCACUCCCUUCUCCACUCUUCCUCAUCAUCUGGGUUUGCGAAAUCGGAAUUCCAGAACUCAGUUUCGUUGUUUAGGUUUGAUCGCCAGUAAAGAAAUGGAAUCAAUUUCGUACUUAUCACAGCGAGAAGCAGCGGAGGUUGAUGACACUUUAAUGGGUCCUUUGGGAUUCAGUGUUGAUCAAUUAAUGGAAUUGGCUGGUUUAAGUGUUGCUUGUGCUAUUGCUGAGGUCUUUAAGUCGUCCGAGUAUAAGCGAGUCCUUGCUAUAUGUGGUCCGGGUAAUAAUGGUGGUGAUGGACUCGUAGCUGCUCGGCAUCUGUAUCACUUUGGAUAUGAGCUAUCCAUCUGCUACCCAAAACGCACUCCUAAGCCUCUGUAUAGUGGCCUGGUGACUCAGCUUGAAUCAUUGUCUGUCCCUUUCUUGUCGGUGGAAGAUCUGCCUAUAGACUUGUCGGAUAACUUUGACAUUAUCAUCGAUGCAAUUUUUGGCUUUUCUUUUCAUGGUACCCCAAGACCACCUUUUGAUGCUCUCAUUCAGAGGCUGGUAUCUUGCCAGAAUCAUCACCACACGGGCCUGAAGUCAACUGUCAUUGCAUCAAUAGAUAUUCCAUCUGGGUGGCAUGUUGAAGAAGGGGAUGUCACUGGUGAAGGCAUCAACCCUGACAUGCUGGUCUCUUUAACUGCACCAAAGCUAUGUGCCAAGAAAUUUGGUGGUCCGCACCACUUUAUGGGUGGGAGAUUUGUACCUCCAGCUAUUCUAGAAAAAUAUAAGCUUCAUCUUCCGCCAUAUCCGGGCACUUCAAUGUGCGUACGUAUUGGGAAACCUCCUCAAGUAGACAUUUCCUCUUUGAGAGAGAACUAUAUAUCUCCUGCACUGUUGGAGGAACAGGUUGAUGCUGACCCUCUUGUGCAGUUCCGCAAAUGGUUUGAUGAUGCAAUUGCUGCUGGGUUGAAGGAGCCAAAUGCCAUGGCUUUGUCAACUGCUGCAAAGGAUGGAAAACUUUCAUCGCGGAUGGUUCUGCUGAAAGGAGUUGAUACUGAUGGCUUUGUCUGGUUCACCAAUUAUGAGAGUCGGAAAGCAUAUGAAAUAUCUGAGAAUCCACGUGCUGCACUUUUGUUUUACUGGGAUGGCCUUAAUCGUCAGGUUGAUUUGUCCUUUGUUAAUCUGGAUUUUUGCUUCUGCAUGUCAUACUGGGAAGAGGGGAUAGGUCAAUGCCAGGUAAGAGUAGAGGGGCCUGUUGAAAAAGUCUCUGAUGCGGAAUCUGAACAUUAUUUUCAUAGCCGUCCUCGAGGGAGUCAAAUUGGAGCAAUUGUGAGCAAGCAGAGUAGCGUUGUUCCAGGACGACGACAUCUCCAAGAGAAGUACAAGGAAUUAGAGGCAUUAUAUUCAGAGGGGAGUUUGAUCCCUAAACCAAAAUACUGGGGAGGAUUUCGGCUGAAACCAGAACUUUUUGAGUUUUGGCAAGGGCAACCUUCUCGCUUGCAUGACAGACUGCUAUAUUCUCCUGCGGAGGUUGACGGAAAACGAGCAUGGAAAAUUGAUCGCUUGGCUCCAUGACUAUUACCUGCUAUAUCAGCAUUGUGAACAUUCAUGUGUUGUCGUUGUCUUUUGCAACUUUCUCCUGUGUUAACUUCUAAGAACAGUAAGCGUUUCUUAGAUUCUUGUUCUCAAAAGCUUCUUGGUUCUUUUGGGCACUAUUAUUAUUAUUGUUAGUCUUGUAAUUAAUACACAUCUCUCCUUUCUGCAUGCUUGCUAGCACUAAUGUAAAAAAGCUGUGUUAUCUGGAGAAUCAAAUAAUUAUUGCAGCUAUCUAAAUGAGUUACUUUAUUUGGUGGCU